AUGGAGUUAGUACUGUUCUCCAUUUACUUUGUUGGCGUUGUAUCUUCCAUGCGUUCUGUUCCGAAAUACCCAAUAACAGCAUCUUGGUUUAAGGAUCGAUUCUCUUCACAAGAAUGGGUAGCUUCUCUACAGGAGUUUCAGCUUCAAGGGGGAGAUACUGUAUGGCUUCGAGCUCAACCGGUUGUGAUUCGCAGCAAAGAGGAUUUGCAGCGUGACCCAAGCUUUGUUUGGUGUGGAAGUCGGAAAAGUAGUACAGGGGUAACUGGUACAAGAUGUUAUGACGAAGCUGUUCAGGAACUUAGUCAACAUGAUCUGAUCGUCAGGACGUUUUUAACCUACAACUAUGAAGAGAAUUUCAGCAACAGCAUUAUGUUAUGUCCGAAGUAUGAUCUAAAAAUCAUCAGCUCAAGAAUAUACUAUCGUAUUGUUCUACCACUUGAGAAAGUUCAAAACCCAUGUGAGCUGCCAGCAAAUUCGUCGGUAGCUGUCCUUUUUACCUCAUUUGCUGGUACAGACCCACAUGAACUAUUGGUUGAAACAGCUUCACAGAUGAACAUGAGCGUAUUCUUUGGUCUUCCGUCAUUUCCUACCCAAUCCGGUACAGGAUUUGUUACAGAGCUUACUGAAGCUUAUCACUGGUGGAUUUUCAGAGUGCUCACAGAACAUAAACAAAGAUACAAUGAGCUGUUCAUGAAGAAUUCUGGAGUUUCUAUUUACGAUACAGUUAAAGGGUAUUAUUCUACAGACGAAUGUUGCUUGGGUGACGUAUCCGUAGACUCGUUUUAUGUUGAGCUGUACAAACUAAUCGGAAAUACCGUUCAUUCAUUUAGCAAACUUUUUACGAUUUCUCCAUAUGUGGAUCUAAAUCGAUCCCAAGUAAACCUCAGUGUAGAACAACAUGUCCAGGGAUUUGAAAUCUUGGCUCAAUGUCAUGCUGAUGUUAUAGCUGUACAAGAAGGGCGCGGUGCUGGUAAAGGGUGUUACUAUUGGGAAACGGAAAUAAACAAAACUGUUCAAGAAGUCGAUCCAGUUUUAGACGAUAUCAUUCACUACAUUGAUCCAAAAAUAAAGCCGGAUGUGACGUACAGCGAGGCAUUUACAGCAAGCAAUCAAGAGGUAUUCAGAGCUUUCUCUGAAGUAAGAGACAGAAUGGUUCAUAAAUCUGGCUUCAAAUUUCAAUUCUGGUUGAACGUUGAAGCUUUUGAGUACAUAAGAGAUGAUCCCUGUCUACCAGUAGAUGUACCAGGCUCCGGAAUGGCAGAACUAUUGGACAGAACUUCCAAAGAAAGAAUCGAUAGAUCAUUAACUGUUGCUGGAGCUUUUACUCAGAAGAUCAUUUCCUUUGCUUGGGACUCGGACUAUGUUUGUGUGUCCAAGAAAUACAAUGAAAGUUUAGCUUCUACUAUCAGAAGAGACUAUGGGCGACCUAUUAUAUCAAAUUGUUCUUUCCAUUCAGCUUCAAAUAUGUCAGUGGUAGUUAUCGGCUAUAAUCUUGCUGGAUUGAUGCAAAAGUUUCAGGUGAACUAUCCUACAAGAAAUGGUAAAAGGCAGGAGACUGAGUUAUAUGGAUAUUAUUAUGAAACAGAUUAUGGUGUUCAACAUGAUAGAGUACCAUCAUUACAGUAUGUACAAUUGUUUGAUGUUCCUGAUGUUUAUACUAAUCUAGCUAUGAAAGGCUAUGUUGAAGUGUUGGCUACAGGUUCCUAUAAUAAAUGUGUGUUUGUAUAUGACUAUUCCUAA